AUAGUGGAUUACUCAUCAUCAUCAUCCAUUAAGACGUUCACUAAGAAAGUUGAAUUUUCUGUGUGUUAUCAAAAAAAUUUCGGUUUUAAAUCAAUAAAUCUUAUUUAGAGGGAAACUUUUCAAACUAUAUUCUCAAUACUCAAUAAUGGACUAUCAGCCAAGACCCUGUAUAGUUGCUGCACCCAAUUUCAAUGCAUCCGAAGAUGCCUCUGCUCUCCGAUCCGCCAUGAAAGGAUUCGGAACCGAUGAGGAGACAAUUAUUAACAUUCUCACAUCGAGAACAAAUAAGCAACGUCAACUUAUCAAAGAGGUCUUUAAUAAGGAAUACGAACGUGAUAUUAUCGAUGACCUUAAAGGGGAAUUGGGCGGUAACUUUGAGAAUGUUAUAAUUGCCCUCAUGACUCCAACUGAAGAAUACAUGUGUUCAGAGUUAAAUAAAGCUAUGGACGGAAUGGGAACUGAUGAAGAGACAUUAGUUGAAAUUUUAUGUAGCAAGUCGAAUGAAGAAAUCCAACAAAUUGUUACGUCUUACGAGAAGUUGUAUGGUCGGCCAUUGGCCGAGCAUAUGUGCAGUGAGACUUCGGGACAUUUUAGACGUUUGUUGACACUCAUUGUCACCGGAACUCGUGAUCCAAUUGGAUCGACUAAUCCGGAAAAGGCUAAAGAAGAUGCUGCUGCAUUGUAUGCAGCUGGAGAGGCUACUUUAGGUACUGAUGAAGAAGUUUUCAACUCAAUAAUGGCACAUUCAAGUUUUGCUCAAUUGCGAUUGGUAUUCGAUGAAUACAAAGAGCUGUCGGGUAUGACAAUUGAACAAGCUAUUAAACAUGAAAUGGAUGGAGCUCUGCAUGAUGCAAUGAUUGCGAUUGUUGAAUGUGUCCAGAGUCCAGCAGCCUUUUUCGCCAAACAGCUGCACAAAUCAAUGGAUGGAAUGGGUACAGAUGAUGAUCGUUUGAUUCGUAUCAUUGUCAGCCGUUCUGAGAUUGAUUUGGCAACAAUCAAAGAUGAAUUCGAGAGAAUCUAUGAUCGUACUUUGGUGAGCGCGAUUGCGAACGAAACUGGAGGUGAUUAUAAGAGAGCUCUUUGUGCACUCAUCAAGGAAUAAGGAAGUACCUUUAACUCUCUCGAAUCCGAAGUGCAUUAUGUUUAGUUAUGUAGUUCCAUUAAAAAAUAUUUAUGUCAAUUUAUUUGUGGUUGUUUAGAGAAAUAAAAAAAAAAAUAAAAUAAAUAAAAUAUAAGGGUCAAAAUCAUG